AUGGGUAAUUGCUGCACAACUAGAGAUAGAGAAAUAAGCCUAGAUGCUUAUGGCAAAGACUAUUAUUACGAAACUGGACAAAAAGGCUUUAAGACCGAGGUAUCGAAAUCAUUACUAUACAUAUCAUAAUACCUUGACUCAAAUAGAGACGCAUAAAUGAUCGUGUUAAGCUACCAAAAGAAUGAAAUGAAGAACUUUUUGCAAAGUCUAUCUUCGAUCAUCACAAUCAUUAAAUCAAAGACAGGAUAGCUGUUUAUACCAACAGUUAUUUAAAACAGUCCCAUCAAUAUCAACAACGAAAUGCUCAUUACAUUGAGAUCAAUUGAGAAAAUGGACAAAAUUUCAAUAGACAGAGAAGCUAUAAUAGAUGAUAGUAUGCUAGCUAGAUCAUUUAUAACAAGAGAUAUGCAGUUUUUGACAUCUGAGCCAGAAAAAUAAAGAGAUCAACUACUCAAUGAUCUGAGGAAUAUGUAUAACUAAGAGGGACUGAUGAUUGUAGGUGGAGUUUAAGACCCUGGAAUGGUGAACAAUCUCAAGAUGUUAUUCUAUAAGACAUAAAACUUCAAAAACACUGAUUAGUCCACUUAUCAAUCCUACGACAUUAAAAUUCAUGUUUACCCAGAUACGACUACUUAAUAAGAGUUUCAAAUCAUAGUCAACUAAGCUUAGGUUGAAUCAAAUUCAUAGCUGAGAUCAGUUAUUUCAUAUGAAGACGCCAAGAAAGGUCGCUCACAUUUUCUGAUAUUCCAAGAGUACCAGGCUGAUCUCAUAUACCUCAUUACUGAUUACCCAGAUUAUCUCCAUGAAGAAUACUAGCAAGUAUUGAGAGAUGCUAUUUUGGGAGCUAAAACUCCAAAUGAUUUAGUGUUAAAGUAGCAGUAUUCUGAAAAGAUGUCUACCUACAUGAAUGUUUAAGAAAAGAGGAGCGGUAAUAGAGUAGUUGAAUGCAUUACAAACAAUAGUUUAGCUGAUUCGUUCAUCAUUUAUGCAUAAUGA